UUUUAUAAGUGGCAGAUACUACAAUGACCUCCAUGAGUAAACGUAUGUGCUACUGAUGGAUAUCGACGCAAAGCUUUCAACAAUUAAUCAUGCAAUACAGGAACUGAAACAGACACAAAGAACAAUAUGGGGGAAAAUACAUAUGAACAGCGAAGAUACGUUUCCGGACGUGGUCAGAAAGCAGUUCGAAAAACUUGAAGAGAUUGUACGGAAUCUAGAAGACAAAUAUGGAAAGCAUUACAGUACAUUGAAAGAAGUCACAAAUAUGGUGGUGGCAUUGCUCUUGAGAGUUGAUGAACUUACGAUUGACAUUAAAAAGCUUAAACGUUUUACAAGUAGCACCAGCUCACAAUCAAAGGAGGCAACUGAUCAGACGUGCCAUUUACGAAAAACAAUUACUGUUAAACCAAACGAACGAAGUGGUACUUUGCAAAGUUCGCAGAACAUCAAUGAAGACAACGACCUUUUUGGUGGCAUUUCUGAUAGGCAUACAGACUGUACAAUUGAUAAUUUUGAAUGUGGAAUUUCUAGUCAAAUUUCAUCUGUGGAAACACAAUCCGAUAGAAGAAAAGACAAUUUGGACAACAAAGACAACUUUGCACAAACAGUUAAUAGAAUAAAAAAUUCAGACAGAAGAGACGGAAACUUUGUUUUCUCAUCUUUCGAAGCACACUUAGAUAGGACCAAUAAAACAGACACAGAAGACAGCUUUGCAGACAAAGUUCACAGAAUAAAUUAUUCAGACAGAAAAGACAGAAAAACUAACGUCUCAUCUAAUGAAGCACAAAUAAAUCAGCCCAAUAAUACAGACACCGGAGACAGUGUUUGUGUUGAGGAAACACAAUAUAAGGAGAAUAACCAUGAUUCAGAGAGCAAUGAUAGUAACAUAAAUGUUUCCAUAAGCACAGUUUGUGCAGAUAUGAAUGAAAAGAACAAUGAAUCAGUUCCAAUAGAUACUCGUAUGCUUCAAAAUCGGCAGCUAGCUGAUAAUGAGUCAAAACUGAAGAAUUUCUUAGAUGUUGGAACAGUUAAAACAAAGACAGAAGAUAGCAUUGUAGCUAGUCAUAAAAAUAGAGUACGUAAAAAUGAUUCCGGAUAUAAACAAAUACGUUCAGCAAUGAGUUCUGAUAACCGUGUGGCAUAUCAUAGAACCAAUAAUUCAGACACUAAAGAAGUCAGCUUUUCCGUUGAGGACACACACUAUAAGGAAGAAAUGCACGGUUCAGAGGGCUGUGAUAACAACAAAAAUGUUUCAUUAAACCUAUUUUGUGCAGAUUCGAGUAAACUGAACGAGGAAUCAGUUACAAACAUGCUUCCAAAUCAGCUUCCACAUGAUAAUGUAUCAAAACUGAAGAAUUUCGGAGAUGUUAGAACAGUUAAAACAAAGACAAAAGAGAAGGAUACACCGAGUUCUAUAAAAAGAGUAGGCAAAAAUGAUUUUGGAUAUAAGCAAAAACGUUCAUCAAUGAGUACUGAUAACCGUGUGGCAUAUCAUAACAAGGAAACAUGUUUUGAAUUUGAACAUGACCUGCAAUCAGAUAAACAGCUUCCUGAGGAUCCACCUCCAUCACCUAAUAUCAAGAAUAAAAGUUACCCAACCAGAAGAAAGUUAGAUAUGAAAACACUGUCACAAAUGAGUGAACUGGAUGAUUUUGCUGAUCAAGAAUUUGGAGACAAUCCAGGUCUUUUCAGCCAACCCAGGUCUACCAGAGAAUGGAUGUCAUACGCUGAACAACUGAGGCAACAUGCGAUGUUUCGAUUGCAGUCUGGAAUGGUAAAGCGCGGACGACAUGGACAUGAUGUCACGUUGGUGUUAGAUUGUUCUGAACGGAUGAGAGGCCAAACAUUUGAUAGUAUGAUCGAAGCAGCAAAGACUUAUGUGGCGGGCAUUCAAAGAGUUAACAUGACAGGAAUGUUAGAAGAUAAUAUUGGUCUGGCUGUGUUUGGAGGAACAUCUAGUUUGAUUGUGCAAUCUACAUGUGAUUACGAUUUAGUGUUGAAAGAGAUUAGUCAGUUGAGGCCUGAAGGAGAAGCACCAUUGGUUGGAGGGUUGUUGAUGGGACUUGCUGGGGUUCUAGGAGGUGGCACUUCACGGAUAUUUGAUAAUGACGUUCCUGGGUAUAUGAUAGUCUUUACCGAUGGGAUGUCAGCAAGUAUUCACCCAGAACUAGACACAGAUAUUAACCCUUCCUAUCUUACAGGAGAUUUUCAGAAGCAUGCUGAGAUAAGCAGUGUAAUAAGGCAAAUAGCUGGUUAUGCAGUUAAGAUUUUUUAUGUGCCCGUUGGUGAUAACGAACGAAACGAGGUAAUGGAAGGUGCAGUUAGUGAAACAAAUGGCAAAGUCAUUUAUCGUAAAGAAAUACAUCGUUUAAUCAGAAUGACACAAGUUAUGUUUUUAGCAGCACAAAUAGCAUCAGAGUUAAGACACUUAGACCAAAAUCCAACUACAGAACUUGUACGGAGAAGUAUUAUUGAAAGGACAUCGAAUCCAGAAGAUGCACAUGAAGAUUGUAUUGAUUUAGUUAUUGAGUUUCUAACACCUCUUUUCACUGAGAAAAGAAGAGGUUUUUUCACUGAAUUGAAAUUUCGAUCGUUCCAACUUGGAGACAGAGUACGACGGGGUCCUAACUGGGCUUAUGACGAACAAGAUUCUGGUCUCGCGGGAACGGUUAUUGGACAAACAUUUGACGGAAGUAUUUGGGUAGAAUGGGAUAGUGGCCAUACAAAUAAGUAUUUUGUUGAUGAACAAAAUAACAUUUAUACAAUCCGAAAAGUGCAAGAACCUAGAAUUUUAUUCGAAGAAUUAAUUGCAGUUGGAUGUAGAGUUACACGAGGCAAUGAUUGGACAUUUGACAAUUCCGAUGGCGGCUACGGAAGCAUGGGGACAGUUCUUAGUGUACGACAGGACGGAUCUGUAGUCGUACGCUGGGAUUGUACUAAUAUUGGAGUUUAUAAAAUGGGACAGAAUGGAUUAUUUGAACUUCAGAUAAGCGACGAUCCCUUUUCUAGUAAAUCGGAACAAAUACCUCAUUUGCCUGUAAAUGAGAAUGAAAGAAAUUCAUAUAAUAAACACAGUAUUGAUUACCAGUCAACGGAUACAGUGAAGAAUGAUGACAAGGACAUAACAGUGAAAGACUAUUUCGAUAACUAUGUAUUGCCUGCUAAUUCAAAAACAGUUAGUGCUAUCUGGGAAUAUGAAGACGAAAAACAAAAUGGUUGGAUUAAGUACGAAGAUGACAUUAACGUGAAAAUCGAGAGAGCCUACGAACGUAAACCAACUGGAAAAACUAUUGUGCAAUACAAUAAAGGAACAUAUAUUGUUAUCUUUACAAAAAUGAUUCAACUAAAUACUUCUUCUGGCCAGGAAGUUAGAGUGCGAAGAAAAGAUUGAGUGCCAUUUAAAAUGUCAGCAUACAACAAAUCAGAAACAACUACAUUUUGAAGUUGGACAAGGUUUACUCAUCAUUUUUUGACGAUCCAUAGACAAAGUGGUGUAAGCCAUAGCGCAAUAUUAAUUAUUGUUAAGGCAUUUAAAAUAAAUUAA